UGGUGCAGACAACUGAACGUAAUAUACCAUAAUUAAGCAGUACAAAUAUUAGGAGUUCCAGAGCAGCCAACCAGCCAUGCAACCUCACAGAGGGGGGAGUAGUUUUAAUACUCAUGGCGAUGUUGGUUCUCAAAGCAAUACAGUUGGAGAUAAUAAUCAUAGUACAUCAAACGUGACAGAAAAAUUUCACAGUCCAACAGUUUACGCAAGAACUAUCAAGAAUUAUAAUGUGGUAGUAAAGAAGCGACAUCAAGAUUCUAGUGAUGAUGAGCCGGAGACUGAGACUGACUAUGACGAUGACAAUUUACCACCACCUCACUCUUUUCCUCCGCCAUUCCUACCACCACCAAACCCAUGUGUCUUCCCUCGACCUCACCCUUUCGUAUUUGCUCGACCAAGACCUCUCUUCUUUCCUCGACCACCGACUCUUCUACCUCCUCCCGUUCCAUUUUUACCUCCUCCAUUUCCUCCACCUCCUCCACAUCCAUUUCUACAUAUGCCGUUUCCUCCGCCAGGUCCUUUCCCUUUCCCUUAAUCUUAUCAGCUACCACCGCUCUAGGGGCCAAAAGCUUUAUCCAUCUGAAGAACAUUUUCGGAGCUUCUAUAUAUUUCGUUAUGAUUUCGAGGUUUCUCUUCCAGUCUUGGAGGAUUUUCUUCCUCCAUAUAUUAUGCAUCUAAACUGCUAGAUCACUAUCUAUGUGCAAAUAGUUUAACUUAUAUUAAUGAAUGUUUGUACUCUACCUAUUUCUGAUUAAAAUAUAUACAACGAGAGAGAGUCAGUAAACUCAACUGAAAA